AGUGAGCGCUCCUGCUACACAGGCAGCCCUGGCCCCAGUGCACGUUACAGGAAGGGGGUGACCAGAGAGGGGACCUUUGUGGAAGGAAAGAUGGAGCACUGGAAAGCAGGGGCAUUUUCGAACAAACAUCUCUCAGAGGGAAGCUCACCAUUUCCCCGGUGGGGAUUAAGAAGUCACUACGGGAACCUGCUUAUCACUGAUCCCACUCAUCUAGACAGUUCUCAGGAUCUACAGACAGGAGGCAUCAAACUCAGGACCUUGUACUUGUAAGGCCCUGACCUCUGACUUGGAUCCUGAACCACUUUUGCCCUCAUCUCUUUGACAACAUCAGAGUCAUCCACUCUAGAAUUAACAACUCUGGAAUUGGAAGGUCCUCCUGUCUCCCCAGCCUUACUCUGAGAAAUUGAAUCCAAAAGUGUCUUUCCUGUCCUCGGGGGUAGCAAAAUGAGAGGUAGAGAAAACAUGCCAGGAAGAAGCCAGAUCACCAGUUGAACUGUCUUGCCUUUGGCCUAGAGCACAGCUCCGCCUGGACUCCUGGCUUGUGUUUAGCUCACUCACUUGGUUCAAGACCUAAAGCGAUGUGUUCCUGCCCCGGAGCAACCUUCCUUCUGUGACGCCUGAAGCAUGACCACCAAUAGCCACCACACGUGCCCUGUUCCAGCAGUGAAUGGACCUAUGACUCACUAUCCAGCCACACCCUACCCAUUGCUCUUUCCCCCUGUCAUUGGAGGGCUUUCCUUGCCUCCCCUCCACGGGCUCCAUGGCCACCCUCCUCCAAGUGGAUGCAGCACUCCAUCCCCAGCAACGAUUGAAACACAGAGCACCAGCUCUGAGGAGCUCGUGCCAAGCCCACCGUCUCCACUGCCUCCCCCACGAGUGUACAAGCCCUGCUUCGUGUGCCAGGACAAAUCAUCAGGAUACCACUAUGGGGUCAGUGCCUGUGAGGGAUGUAAGGGCUUUUUCCGCAGAAGUAUUCAGAAGAACAUGAUUUAUACUUGUCAUCGAGAUAAGAAUUGUGUUAUUAAUAAAGUCACCAGGAAUCGAUGCCAGUACUGUCGACUCCAGAAGUGCUUUGAAGUGGGAAUGUCCAAAGAAUCUGUCAGGAAUGACAGGAACAAGAAAAAGAAGGAGCCUUCGAAGCAGGAAUGCACAGAGAGCUAUGAGAUGACAGCUGAGCUGGACGAUCUCACAGAGAAGAUCCGGAAGGCUCACCAGGAAACCUUCCCCUCACUCUGCCAGCUGGGUAAAUACACCACGAAUUCCAGCGCUGACCAUCGAGUCCGACUGGACCUGGGCCUCUGGGACAAGUUCAGCGAACUGGCCACCAAGUGCAUUAUUAAGAUUGUGGAGUUUGCUAAACGUCUGCCAGGCUUCACCAGCUUGACCAUCGCAGACCAGAUCACCCUGCUGAAGGCCGCCUGCCUGGACAUCCUGAUUCUUAGAAUUUGCACCAGAUAUACCCCAGAACAAGACACCAUGACUUUUUCAGAUGGCCUUACCCUAAAUCGAACUCAGAUGCACAAUGCUGGAUUUGGUCCUCUGACUGAUCUUGUAUUCACCUUUGCCAACCAGCUCCUGCCUUUGGAAAUGGAUGACACAGAAACAGGCCUUCUCAGUGCCAUCUGCUUAAUCUGUGGAGACCGUCAGGACCUUGAGGAACCAACAAAAGUAGAUAAGCUACAAGAACCACUGCUGGAAGCACUAAAAAUUUAUAUCAGAAAGAGGCGACCCAGCAAGCCUCAUAUGUUUCCAAAGAUAUUAAUGAAAAUCACAGAUCUCCGCAGCAUCAGUGCUAAAGGUGCGGAACGAGUAAUUACCUUGAAAAUGGAAAUUCCUGGAUCAAUGCCACCUCUCAUUCAGGAGAUGCUGGAGAAUUCUGAAGGACAUGAACCUUUGACUCCAAGUUCAAGUGGGAACACAGCAGAGCACAGUCCCAGCAUCUCGCCUAGCUCAGUGGAAAACAGUGGAGUCAGUCAGUCACCACUGGUGCAAUAAGACAAUUUCUGGCUACUUCAAACAUUCCCCAGUACCUUCAGUUCCAGGAUUUAAAAUGCAAGGAAAAACAUUUUUACUGCUGCUUAGUUUUUGGACUGAAAAUACAUUAAAACUCAACAAGGACCAAGAAGUUUUCAUAUGUAUCAAUAUAUAUAUACUCCUCACUGUGUUACUUACCUAGAAAUACAAACUUUUCAGAUUCUAAAAAUCAGCCAUUUCAUGCGAACAGAAACUAGUUAAAAGCUUCUGUUUUCCUCUUUGAACAGUCAAGAUUGCAUGGCAAAGACCCAGUCAAAGUAAUUUACCCCUGGUUAAGUUUCUGAAGACUUUGUACAUACCGAAGUACGGCUCUGUUCUUUCUAUACUGUAUGUUUGGUGCUUUCCUUUUGUCUUGCAUACUCAAUAACCAAGACACCAAGGUUAUGAAAUAGACUACUGUACAUGUCCACCUAAGCUUCAAAACAUAACUGUCUUGCUUUUAUGGAAUAAUCAAGACCUCAAGGUAAGAAAAUAGGACUAUUGUACAGUAUGACAGGACUAAAGAUAUUCUAAUUUAGUUAGUAUGGAAGCUUGUCCUUGCUCUUUUUGAUGCUCUCAAAUUCCAUCUUUUAUUUCAUAUUGCCCAGUAAAAGUAUACAAAUUCACUGUACUAGCAGAAGAGAAUUCUGUAUCAGUGUAACUGCCAGUUCAGUUAAUCAAAUGUCAUUUGUUCAACUGUUAAUGUCACUUUAAAUUAAGUGGUUAUUACUUGUUUAAUGACUUAACUACACAAUUUUUUUAAAAUGCUACAUUUUUACAGUAAUGAUAGCCUCCAAGGCAAAAACACUUUUCAGUGUUAACAAGUUUUUGUUUACCUGUUCACAAGCCAUUAGGGAAAUUUCAUGGGAUAAUUAGCAGAUUGGUCUACCCCAAUGUUAACUCUAGUGUCCUUCUUGAUUCAUGCCUGAUCCUGGGAUUGGUUUUUUCCCAGUCUUCUUGAUGCCAAGGGGCAAACAUUAACUCCCUAAGGCAUGAGCUUAGAAUCUGCCUCCUUUGACCUUGUUCAAUCACUAUGAAGCAGAGUGAAAGCUGUGGUAGAGUGGUUAACAGAUAACAAGUGUCAGUUUCUUAGUUCUCAUUUAAGCACUAGUGGAUUUUUUUUAUAUUAGCAAGUCUGUGAUGUACUUUUCACUGGCUCUGUUUGUACAUUGAGAUUGUUUAACAAUGCUUUCUAUGUUCAUAUACUGUUUACCUUUUUCCAUGGAGUCUCCUGGCAAAAAAUAAAAUAUAUUUAUUUUAAAA